AGCAUUUUCCAUGAAAUUCUUCUCAUUUCUGCUUUGCUAGGAAACCAGUAACCAUCUCCGGGAGCUUGGAACAAAAUGACGUCGCUUCAUUUUUCGGGUCGUUGCUAAGCAAAUUAUCUCCUUCUAAAACUACUAAUGUCUAGCUGCUGCUACUACUAUUACUACCGCUACUAUUGCUACUGUAAUUCAUAACUACUCUCGGCAUGGCGGCCCCCAGUGAUACCAACAAUCCUAUGGACGAGGGACUGCAAGAUCUAGGAGUGCCUGUUCCGGUGCAAACAUUCCUAUGGCAACAAAUCGCCCCAUUCAUCCGGCCAAAAUUGGGAAAAUUGCACGAAGCUAGCUGUAUGUAUUGUCAACACGCACCUGGACAUCAUGAACUCAAAGAAGCGUGCAAGUCGUUCGAAAAGACGCUAGUGCAAAACAUGUUCUAUGGUCUGUCGCCAUCACUGGAUGCUGCACUUAAAUCUAUUCCCCGAUGGAGGUUAGUUCAGGCCGCACUACCCCAUGUCAUGCACUGCGCAGGAGCUCUCUUGCAUAAUCGUGUGAAAGAUUUACAGGCACUAGGAGCCGCGGAAACUAAAAUUCUUUACACACUGCAUUGGAUAUUACUGUUUGCCGCAGAGGAGUGUGCAGAUGAUGAAUUAGAGUCCACCAAAGAAAUAAGAAAACAACAGAAUUAUUUGUUCUCUAUUCCUACUAUUUCGUUAUUUGUUUAUUUAUUUGCUCCUAUCGCUCAUAUGUUGAAAGAGUCGGACUUUCAAAAUAUUCGGCUAGAAAAUGGCCUGAAAAUGUGGCAGGGGAUGUGGGAAUAUCGAGCACCCAAUGCACCAUGCUUCAUUGCACCAGUGAAACCGAAAGCACGAAACUUUUUAAACUCAGUAAGCACAACCCCUUCCGUGGAGGUAUUUUCCCCAAAAAAACCAGAAAGUGCGCAUCAUGCAAUUGAUUCUCCACCCAGCAUUUCGUUUUCUGAAACACCAAAGCACGAUGAUGAAAUGUCUUAUGUAUCUUCGCCAAAGGAUUCUGCUUUUCCGGAGACCAUACCCGAAGAGGCAUCCAGUGUUGAGGAAGAACGCGUUGUGAUAUUUCAAUUGCCUAUUGGGGGCAAUCCAACUGACCCAUCCUUUUACACUGCUGAUGCCAGUCUGUUACAUCAGUCAACCAGCCUGAGGGGAAACAAACAGCCUGCUCAAGCAAUUCGACCCGAGAAAAUAGCGACUAAAUUCGACUUUGACCGAAUCGACACAUUUGGUAGAGGAGACGAUUCCAAGCCCAAAACAAGCUCCUCAACGGAAAGAGAAUCCCUAGAAACGGACCCGAAGUCCCCUCAGUGUUCUAAAGGUGACGUUGGAGCUGCAACAUUUCUCGAUGUUGCAGUGUUACGUUGUCUCUUCAUAUCCCACUGGCAAGAAGAAGGAGUUUACUGGAGCCUACAUUAUUUGAAUAACAGAUUGCGAGAUAUCAGCGAAGAAACAUCCAUACCUCCUUCGCAGCCAAGACGACGUUCAAACUCACUGCCGAUCCCACAAAUAGAAAUCUCUCUAUAUCAAGGACCAGUCAGUAGUAACCGCGAUAGCCCCAGUAUGGGAUCAAUCAACAAAGACUAUAUUGAGAUUCCCGAACCUCCAAUCAGUGCAAUUCUCAUUGAUUCACCAUACCACACAUCUAAAUCAGCCAGCGAGGAGCAAAGCACCCCUACAGCCGAACGAAGAGGCAGUGAGAAAAAACGACGUGUAAAAAUGGCAGAUUUAAGAACGUUAAUCGAAACUCGUAUCCUGUCAAAAUCCGAUCGCGGUCUAGAGAAAAUAGGACUUGAUGUGACUGGAAAUGGAAAACGUCUGCAGCACUUGGACUGCCACCGAAGCUUAGAUACUGGAGAACGGCAUCUAUCCAGAUCGGCUUCCAUGAUAUCAAGAACACCGUCAACGAAUCUUGUUAAAGGAAAAAGCAUGCCGAGUCUUAGCUGUCUUCUAGAUAGCGGAUUUCACAGAUAUGUCGAGCCUCCGAAGGUUGUACGGAACUCGCAACCUGCAACGACCCAAAAAUCUUCACAACAGGCAACAAGAUAUCCCAUCAUAACUGUAACGGAGCAUACCCCUACUCCAUCACCCGAUUAUCUCAAGCGACAGGGUUCGAUUGACAGUCAACUCGAUGCAUUAAGUAUCGGUGGUAGUACAGGAAUGUUCAAAAGUCAAAUGCUGAGAUCUCAAACCGACUCUCACAUAGGUUACAACAGCGGUGCUGACGAAACGGAAGCUCCAGGUUCCAGUUUUUACAUCACAAGAGAGGGUGGUAUAGACUAUGAAAUUGUUCUCCUGGCAGUCCAUUGCAUAUUUAAGCGUGAUUCCAACAUUUGCACAUUACGUGUGCUUGAAACUGGAUUGAAUAUUUGCGAACUCUUGCUAGAUCUUGGAGUACUGAAACAAAGUGACCAAUCACACACAUUGGCAAUGGGAAUCGUAAAACGAGCGUUGUUGCAUCUUGGAUGUCCGCACGGUUGCAAUGACGGAAGUCGUGUGCCACCAGCAGAGGUACUACGCACCGCGUGCCAUUCUAUUCUUUCCCGAUUACUACGCCAAGCCUCGAAACUAUCUAAAGCUUAUCUUCGUAAUAUGAUAAGAUCCACGCAGCUCCACGAACUAAUUGAAUUCUUCCAUGCCUUCGUGGGAUUUUGUGUGGAUCCUAGUUCGUUACUGUCACCGCUUAACCUUAAGAGACCAUCUGCCAUAAAAACGUUGACACCUGACUUUGGCGGUAUAUCAGGCGGCCAGGGAGGAUAUGCAACAAACUUCGGCAGUGGACUUAGUGGAGGCGCUGAGAGUCAGGUCAUCGCAGCUGUUUUCAAAACAUUGGUCAGUCGGUUCGUCAACGCACUGAAGGACCUUAAAGGUCAGGAAAACAUUGCCUUGUACUGUGAUAUACGGCAGUUGGUUACGUAUGUUAAGGGUGCCCAUGGUGGACCAUUUAGGCGAGUAGCACUGAGUGGAAUUCUCGCUAUCACUCCAAGACCACAUAAACAAGCUCCUAGCAUGCAAACCACCCGAGUUAUCAGGCAUAUUCCAGCCAAUGAUAUUCAAGCAUAUCAACAGGAUGAGAAGAAUCAACGAAAGUUAUUGUUCAAGAAGAAAAGCACGUCCUCCACGUGUGCCUUUGUACCACUGCUAUUACAGAGUUUAUUGGAAACAGAAGGGUUAGAGGAACAUUGCCGAGCUACCCAAAGUCCCCUGAGUAAUCUUCGCCGAAAGGGAGUUCCAACGAGGCCCACUUUGACUCCGAGACAUAGUGAAAGGGCAUUGCUUUCUGAUUCGACCUCUAGCUCAGAAAGAAAUUCAGUUGGUCGGCUAAGUGGAAUAGUUCGUUGGUUUAGAGGUUCAAAAGAGCGUGAAUCUAUCGAUUUGGAAUCAGGAAUGAUGGGAAGUUCAGAGAUUACAACCUCAUUCAUGAGAAAAGGGUCGUUGAAUUUUCAAGCUCGAGCUCGAGCUACCGAAGGAAUUGGUCGAUCAAUCCAAAGAGCUAGAAGACGUGUCGAACGUAGACUGGGUCGGUUUGGUAUUGGAAAAGGGAAGAAAAAGAUGGGCGGCACAGAGGAUGUUUCUGGCAGUUAUUUUAGUCGACGAAGCUCGUUUGACACUGCCGAAGGCCCGCGAGAAUCUGAAGUAGUUGUUUUGAAAGAACGUCGCCUCAUCCCGUUAGAUCCGGUUCGUGAGGGAAUGGCAAGGCUUUCAUUUCUAUUGGAAACUUGUGCUCCUGGUUCGAUACCGGAUCCACCACUUAUCGCAGCUCUACUGGAUUUACCACAAGCUCCAAUUGUUGCACGUGCUGCUUUUUUGAUGGAAUGUGCAAAUUUCGUUCACCUUUGCAAUCGUGGUCAGUGGCCCAGCUGGAUGAAACAGAAUAUUCCGUCGUUUAGACCAUCCGCACCCGCACUUGGAAAUCGAACUUCAUUGGCGGCCGGAGUGCGACGAAUUCAUAUAUUACAACGAGCAGCUGGGAAAAUGUUUCAUCAGUGGGGUGAAGCUUUGGGAUUUCGUUUGGACGAUAUGCUUAAUAACGAGAAAAAGACGUACGAACAAGUUGCUUCUAAUUUGUCUGAUCCUGAAAAACAAAAACAAUUACUGCAGCAGGAUGAAGAGGAAGAUUUUCUCGAUGAAAUGAGUGUAAAUCCACAUGGUAAUGACUGUCCACCAGCUUUGAAAUUAGUUGCUUGCGUCCUUUUAAUGGAAAUAACUGGAUUUUUGAGAGAAACUUAUCAAACCUUACCGAAAGCGUCAAGGCUAUCAACCAAAGAGAAGCAAGUACCUUGGGAUAAAGUUUGUCGUGAAACGAACCGCCGUUGGUCUAUGGCCCUAAGUUCUAUGGGACACUCCCAAACCUCUGCGCAGAGUUUACAAUCAAUCGCUGGUCAAACGGAACGUAAAAUAUCGUUCGUCCUUCAGGAGCCGGACAACGAGUCCGAAGGUAGUAGCAACACAACAUUAACAAUACAAGGCGAGGAAGUCGUACAACAAGCCCAAAAGCGUUCCAUCACCACUACGAGAAACUUCCUAUUGAGACGUGGAACAUCCACAACUCCUGCGGGAGGCUCCUUCAAACGAAGGUCAUUGAAACUACGACGUGGAGCCAAGGAUUUGAAGGAUAAUGACGAUUAUCCUGUACGGCGAACUGAUUCGAUACAGUCUCGCAGAAAGGUAUCCUCUCUAUCGGAUCGCAGUGACAAUUCUGAACCCGGCCAGGCCAGUGGAGGGGAAGAAUCACCGGGAAUUUUAAGUGACGAUCAACCUCCUGAGUCACCUUGCGAUUCCAACGAUUCAGAUGAAACUGCUAAAAAUAUCCCUUGGAUGCGUUCAGUCACUGCAUUCCUCAACUCAUUCAACUAUUACUGUGAUCAUCAAAAUUUCUGUCAUCCUUACUGCUACCGUAGACAUAUGCGUGGUGCAACCCGUUUAGUGAAAGCAGUUCGCAAGAUUUACGGAGAAGAAUUUGGUUUACUUCCAAUGGCGUUCACUCAUUUGACCGAUUCCAGUAAAAAUGGUAACCGACGUGACCGAUCGAAACAAGGUGGAAGAAAAGUAUCCGAUCAAAGUUCGUCUCAAGCAUCUCCUUCACGAAGAAAGGAUAGCAUUACGAAGCGCGAUAGAAUACUUCAGGAUGAUUCGGAACCAAACACAUCCCAAUAUUCUCAACGAGUAGAUGAAAAUAAAAAAACACAAGAACCGCCAUUGAUAUUGAAAUAUCUUCAGAAUCAUAUACGUGAUAUGUUCCACGUUCCAAUAUCAACACUUGUCAAAGGAGCUGCAGUGUUAACAGAAGAACAAUUUAUCGAAGUAACUCCCAUAGCAUGGGAACUUCUUUUGGAAUCGAACCAAGAAGUUUCUGCAGCAUCUGCAGCUUUAUUCAUAUUGGCAUCAGUAAAAUCCCCCACAACCGCCUCUGAGCUGAUGCAACGGGCGCUCAAACACAAAAAUCCAAAUAUCAGAAUUCAAGCAAUGCUACGGUAUCAAGUAUUAUGGAAAAAUAGAUUUCAGGUUUGGCCUAGAAUGGAAGAAGGUGCGCACUUGUCAUUUAAGGUACCACCCCCAGGGAUUGAAUUUACGCUUCCAUCACCCAAAAUUGGCAUCGAAAGCUUACCCGUUGUGGACCCGCCAUGGAGUCCACGUCAGCAAAAUAAAGAUAUGGAAGUUACUCUCAAUCAAGAAAGACAUCGAUCUCUUGUUACGGCAACCAAAACACGGAAAAAGCAACAAACAGAAGCCAUUCGUCAUGCUAUCCAACAACAGGAAGACAAACAACGGUCCGAAAGGCAAAGUUUCCUAAUAACAACGAUUCCUCUAACACAGCAGGCAGCAUACGAGCCAGGUCUCGAUCAUGGCCCUGGCGAGGAUCACAUCGAAGAGGAAGAAGAUGGUGCUCGAUCUGCGAUUCAUAUGCAUGCUGCCCAUUCUGUCUUUCCCUCCUGUUUGUGUUCCUCGGUAAUGCAAAUUGUUGCCUGUCUCGAUGAUGCCGCUGUGAACGCCGAUGGAUGCUCCGUGUAUGAGACGGCAUAUCAAGUCAUAUGGGUCUGUCUCGUUGAGGAUUCAGCACUGUUUCUACGCUACGUUUUGGAACGACUCACUAGAGAUCACCAGGACCAAAUGUUCAAACUUUUGAGACAUUUAAUAAGAUUCGUGCCAAGAUUGCCACAACAGGCUGCUUUUGCCCUCUACAACUACAUAAUUGGAUACGUGAUGUUCUACGUACGAUCAACACACGAAUGCAGUCAGCAGCUGGUUGGCUCAGCCCUCUCCGUACUAUGGAUGGUAGUGCACAGUGUACACGGGAUAAUGUUCAAAGAUUUGAAACAAAUUCUACGAAAGGAACAGUGUGACGCAUCAAUUCUGCUAACUGCAAACGUCCCAUCGGCUAAGAAGAUAGUUGUCCAUGGACCAGAAGACGAAGGUGGCAUACCUUCCCAGUUCCCCGUCCAAGAGGAUACGCAAUUCACACAACUGCUUACGGAAUCAUUAGACUUUUUCGGAAUCGAUGAGAAAAAAUUCAAUCAAUACCAAUUGGUCGAUUACAAGACUCAACAAAUACUAAACCCAAACUGGUACGUUCGUGAUUUAUACUUUUUCAAACGAUCCCAAUAUCCGCAGUUGCGUCUAGUCGAAAUGAAGCCAGAAGAGGCAUUCAAUGCACUGCAGCGCCAAGAAUUGUACAAAAAGUUUGUUGAAAUCGGAAAAGUUCAUCUAACAUGGGCGAUUUUGAAAAAUGUGGACAUGGUAGUACAGCGUGUAGUAUUUCUGCACGAAGAAUUGAUGAAGUUACCUUCAUUUCCAAGAAAGGCAUUGGAAGUUGAUCUGGAUUUACAUCAAGGUGGUGAGCUCGGAAAAGAACUUUUAGGUUUGGAUGUUUUGCAUAAAUUCAUGUGGGUUCGACUUAUUGCCCGGAUGUUUGAAGCGAUGGCCGGCAACUUUGCUUACUCAGCGGAUAUUCAGCUUUUUCUGAACGUGCUUUCGGGAGCUGCCCUGCUACAUUCAGAGGAUUCAUGCAUAAUGCGUUACGUCACGGCGACAUUCAUCAACGCCGCCUUCAACUUUAAAAAUAUUUUUUCCACGAAUGGAUACUUUAUGAUUAUGCCAACGCUUCUUCAGGUCUACUCUCUACAUCAAACUAAUAAACUGGUUACUACCACGAUAGAAUAUGCGGUUAAACAAUUUUAUUUGCUAAAUAGAAAACCAUUCAUCUUACAAAUGUUUGGUUCAGUUUCCGCCAUAUUGGAUACUGAUGAAGAUGGCGCUUAUGGCGAAGCUCACAAAGUCCAAUCAAGCUGCUUGUUCAAUCUGCUCCUUAGCUUAGAAACACCGUCCCCUGAUCCAUUGAAUAUUGCUGAGUUAGUAAAAGAAUCAAAACCACUAAAGGCCAUCGAUUUCUGCUAUCACGAUGAGGAUGAAAUGGUAACAGUACUGGAUUGCAUUACGCUGUGUGUUAUGGUUGUAUCAUACUCUGCGGAAAGUACCCGUGGCUAUCAAAUGUUGAUUAUUCUAGAAGCGAUUCUUCCUUGCUACUUGCAGCAAAUUCAAUCUCCAAGUUAUAUUCCUUUGGAAGGAAAGUGCGAACGCGAUAUUAUUCUGCAACUGGCAGUCGCCAUCAGAACAAUGGUUCAUAACUGCGAGGGUUUAUCAAAGAGUUAUAAUGGACCAUUCCGAAACAGCCCCGAACACAAAGGAUCUAGCCAGCGAAAUUGCUCCCGGGGCCCACCCUGUUCUCCAGGCUUGGAUUUCGACGAUGAAUCCCACUCAAAGUAUGUCAGCGACGUUGGUCGAACCAAAAUUACCAAUGAAUCCGUCGAAGACUCAGAAACUAUCCGGGCCGAAUUUCGCAGACCACGAGACGUGCUUCUAUCUGUCGUAGGUGAAUUCAUAACACGUGCGUCAUCACGUCUAAGUGAGCUUGCAAGAAAACAGGGAGAAAGUAAGCCUGUCGAACUGUUGGACGUCAAGUGCCACGUUCGACUAGCAGAGAUAGCUCAUUCAUUACUCAAAGUAUCGCCGUAUGAUCCGGAGUCCAUGGCAUGUCGUGGAUUGCAACGGUACAUGCAGUUCAUUUUCCCUAAAGCAGAUUGGGCAGAUGAUCAUGGCAUGAAACCUGCUUUGGUCACUAUCCUACGGCGUCUGGAUAAAGUAUUUUUGAAAAUUUCUAAAAAGACGUCUAUACGGCGCAACACGGACUGGGAGGCCGCUGCUGGCCUUUUAAAGGGCGUAUACGAAUCAAUUGUACGUUAUCCGCAUGUACUUCAUUGGCGUGAGAUGAAGUCUCUACUGACUACUGUUCAGAAUCUAAUUGUAAAUGAGCCGGGUAAUUUCCUGGAUGGUGUAUCAAGUGCAGGAGUAGCUCUUAUGUCAAAAAGUCCACCUCCAUUUUUCUGUUCUCAAGUUGUACGAUUAGUGGCACUUCAAGUUGUAAGCCCAGUGGAUUCGGUAUCGCUGGGAUUAGAACAAAUUUGUGGAGGAAGUGCUGAGUUUCCUACGCAAGAAAAAGCUGAACGAUUUAUGAUGCAUCUUUUGAUGCCAUUGUGUCUUAAAGUAUGUAGUGGGCGCAUCAUUUCGGAUAUAGGCGAACUGAAACAGUCCGACGUUUCGUUUCUUGUCACCGCUGUUUUGAACGCGAUGAGCCCAGUUGCUGGGAGAACAGCCCAAUCCGGCACGCAAAGCAAUCGCACCGGUGCCGAUAUUCGAGCUGGAUCACUGACUUUCACUGGAAGUCGAGAUGCGAAACGACCGGCGAAGAUUUCGUCGUCAUUGUAUCAGGCCACUUUUCUAGCAUUGCGUGUUUUGUGCAUCUGUUUCGAGUCCAGACUGUCCAACGAAUGGCCUCGCAUUGUGAGAGUGAUGCGAGAUCUAGGAAGAAGAAAUGAAGCUGCUCCUGAGCUGUGGAGCUUUAUGGAAUUUGUGGUCACACAAAGGACACCACUCUACAUUGUGCUAAUGCCCUUCAUUCUACACAAGAUAUCACAACCUCCCAUCGGUGAUCAUGAGAGACAUAUGCAGUUUCUAAUACGGGAGCGAAUGCGAGGAAUGCCUCCACCCGGGGGAGUUAAGUCCAGAGGGGCAAUUCUACUAGAAUUGGCUAGAGAGAUUAGAGAUUUACGUGAAGAAUUAGAAGAAAAACGCUAUGAUCGAGAUCCUGCACCUGCUGAUCCACCGCGCCGUGAGAUGCCUAACAUGCCGAUGCCACAGGAACCAACAAAGCAUCAACAAAGACCAUCGCUGAUUUCAAUGUUCACGGGCGGAGGACAAGCACCGAGUUUUUCAUCAUAUCAACAAGAUUCUAGAAGUGGAACAGGCGUCGGCACGCCAAGCGAUACACUUUCACAACAAACUCUUCAUGCACCCAGAUGUGAGUCCUUAUCAAGUUCUACAACAACUACAAAUAAAGAGAUUUUGAUGGCUGAUAAUCAAAGUGGUGACGGUAUAACGCUCACACCGGGAAUCGUCCCAGAAGGAUCUAUCAUUAGACCUGGCCCUCAGUCGAGUGUUUUAGCAGAUAGCGGUAGUUAUCCUCAUCUAUCACAUUCGAUAUCAAUGCAGCCAUCUAGUAAGGUGCAUGCUCCGAAACUGCGAUUUGUAUCAUCAGUAGAGUUUAAAACCUCCUCUGGUGAAACAUCUACCACCCCACUCUCACCAGACAGUCUGGCAGACGACAGCUCGGGAGAAAAUCAAAAACAUCGUCUGCAACGUUCCCGAGCACAGAGCAGAAAAACAUUUCGCUGUAGACGCGGAACAACUCGUUCAAAUAAUCAUAGUGUUGACCCGCUUCCUCUUUCAACCGUAACAGCUGUUGUUGGUGGAUCGCAUACUGUCCCAAGUGAGCCACCCCCCGAACUAAUAAACAAAAAUAUUGCAGCAAUCGGUGAUCUCUCCUGGGACUCAAUAUCUCAAACAUCGUCCACUUCAGGUUAUCGCGACAACUACAGUCUGCAAACAGGUUUACUCUCUCCGGACGGUUCUUUUACCGGAACCGCACUGGGGGGUCGUUCGUCCUCCCAACAUUCGCUACUCAUGCUCUUUGAAACGCAGGAUGAGGAUACGUUGAUUUAAGGUUUUAGAUAAAUAUUUGCAGUUCAAUGUGUUUUUAAAAGGAUUUUAACGCAAAUUUUAACCUCGAUGUAAAUAAAAUUGUUAAGACAUGUGCUUGUCGACGAAUCGUUAGGUGGUUAAUGAAUAGAUUAGGGAACAGAAAUGAACAAUUCACGUAAAACAUACAAUAUACAAUAUGAUUACCAAAACCGUUGAAUGCUUUUAAUGUGUGAUAACAAAUGUAACAAUUUUGAGUUAACAAAACAAAAACAUGUUUUAACAGAACGUAUAAUUUUAAAUUUAGUACUACACAAGAAUACGUCUUAUAAUCUUAUGAAAACUAGCGCACAAACAUUGUGUAUAUUGGAAUGGAGUGGUAGUAAUUAGAAAAAAUGAAUAGAAGAAUUGCCAAAAGAAAACAAAUCAAUGAAUCAAUUGAAAUGUUAGAGAGUUAUUGACUAUAAUUUUUAUCCCACGAUCGAAGCAAACCAAUCCCACUCGACGAAUAUUUUUAUUGAAAUAUUAAGUUUUAUAGCCAGUUGAUUUGUGAUUUCGAGAUGAAAUUGACAAAGAAUAAGUGCUAUGUUUAUAUGAAAUGUAUUUAGAAAAACAGUAUAUAGAGUUAAUUGUUAUGAAAUAGACAUUGUUGUGAAAAUUAUUUAACCAUUUUGUAACGAAUAUUAAGACGAACAACAUACCAAGUUGUAAGUAGAAUGUGAGUAAAUUGAACUUUACGUUGGUAUAAUGUUAGUAUUAUGAAUAGUUUUAAUGUGAGUUGAAAAACGAAGACGUACUAGAACAUGAAUGUUAACAAGCCAAACAAUUCAUCCAUAUUAUGACAAUGAAUUUAGAAACCAUAAGCAGAUGCCAAAGUAGAUCGUACCAUAUAUAAACUAAAAAGAUAAAAAGAGUUUAAAGAACAUAUAGACUAUUCACUAUGUAGGAAAUAUAAUAGUGAGAUGAUUCACUGGCGACACAUGUUUAUGGAAAUGUGCACCUUUGUCAAAUAAUAUACCUUUGUUUUAGUUCUAUAAGGUAUGAAUAGCCAACAAUGUCAUUAUUUGAAUGCGAGAUUUUCACCACCGUGCUUCAAGAGAAAAAAUUUAUUAUUUACAAACAACAAUAGCGAGAUAUUUGAUAAAAAAUAUAUCGUUAUACCCAAAUGUUUGACUAAACUGCUUUACAUCGAACUUUACUUGGAAUUAUUUAUCAUCUCGUGAGACGACAAUGAUUGUCGAUAAAGUAGUUAGAAAUUUCUUAAAAUAAAACUCAGCUUGUCGAAACGCAUUAUCAAUUUGGCUGCGUACUUACAAUGAACUGCAAUUGCUAGAUGAACUCGAAUGAAUAUUGAAGAGCAUUUUUCCAUGGGAUUGAAAAUUUACAAGAUCAUCUCAUCCCGUUCAUGAUAAUGACCGAAUUGGCGUAUUCUAUUCACCUAUUAUAGACUCAGUGGCGUACCGUACGUGAAGGAAACUAAUUUUUGUUUUGCUCACAAAGCCAACGAUGGGAGCAGCAAAUCAAAUUGCGCCACGUGCGAAAAUGUUUCUAGAUACGCCACUGUAUAGACUUACAGACUAUAAAUAUUUACAAUUUGAACCGAUUGUUUGAAAAAACCCUGAAACAGUAUUAUCACAAAUGAAAAUGUAUUAUGCAGAUUGUGUCAACUACACGAUGGUUUGUAGUAUGAAUUAUCUACACCAAAACCACAAUAAACCCUAGCACAUUAUAAUGAUAGUCUGAAUUAAAUGUGAUAGAGCAUAAUGAUAAUUGUUACUGGUAAUGUAAUGCGUGCUAUAAUAAUCAUUUAAACACUACUAACUGUUUAGAA